AUGAAACAAAAAAAACAAAACAGAUUGAACCUUAUUCCUAUCAUUGAAUGUAUCAUAUUAUGCGGAAGACAGGAACUUGCCCUACGUGGCCAUAGGGACUCUGGUCCAAUCAAUGUAGGUGAAGCUGAACCAUAUAUUAACGAAGGCAAUUUCCGUGCAAUUCUUAAAUAUAAGGCAAAAGAUAUGGUUGAUUUUAAAAAUUUUUUAGAGUGUGAAAGUCGUUACAAAUACACUAGUCCAAAUAUCCAAAAUGAAGUUAUUUCUUCUUGUGGUGAUCUAAUAUUAGAUAAAAUUGUAAAAGAAGUUACUGUAGCCAAAUGUUUUUCCGUAUUAGUGGACGAGACAACUGAUGUUUCAGUCAAAGAACAAUUGACAUUAUGUAUACGAUAUGUGGUAGGCUCUGGAAAAGAUGUAUGUUUAAGUGAAAAAUUUUUAAAGUACAUUGAAAUUAAUAGCUUCACUGGAAAAGAUAUUGGAUCUACUAUUAUAAAUGGUUUAAAUUCAUGCGGUAUUGACUGCAACAAUAUGUAUGGUCAAGGUUACGAUGGCACUGCAAAUAUGGCUGGGCGCUUUAAAGGAACCCAAACUGUUGUAAGGGAAAGUUAUCCUAAGGCCUUAUAUGUACACUGUGCGGCACAUUCGUUAAAUUUAGCUGUGUCUGUUGCUUGUGGUAUUCAGGCGAUAAGAAAUUGUUUGGGUGUGCUUGAAAAAAUUUUAGACACAAAAUCAAAAUCGCUCAAACAUCUGUGUGCCACAAGAUGGGUAGAACGGUACAUAGCGGUUAAUGAUUUCGUAGAAUUAUUUCCUUUUGUUGUUGUUGCGUUAGAACAUAUUAUAUCAGAAUGGAAUGAUACAACAUCAACUGAUGCUAAAAUGUUACAUAAAGCUAUGGACUCAGAGUUUAUAAUUUCUCUCCAAGUUAUUAAAUUAUUGUUUUCAUAUGGUUUACCUUUAUGUAAACUCUUACAAAAAGUGGAUAUUGACCUGAAAGAAGCAGUAGAUCUUGCUGAAGCCAGCAUUACUACUUUGCAAAAUGUAUGUGAAAAUAUAGGUGAAGAGUUCAAAAAGUUAUUUAGAGAAGCUGAGAAAAUGGCCGAUGUAUUAGAUAUCAGCAUAUCGAUGAAACGUUUGAAUAAACGAUGUAUAAAUCGUGCCAAUCCUGAUAUCAAUAAUCCUGAAGAAUAUUAUCGUGUAACGAUAGCUAUACCGUACAUUGACUCGUUUGUUCAACAACUAAAUGAGAGAUUUUUGUGUCAUAAAAAUAUAUUUAAAGGAUUUCAUAGUUUGUUUACUGGUUCAUAUUCUGAUGACUUUGGAGAAAUCAUACAGUUUUAUCUUGAUACUAAUGAACAAACUGUUUUAUCAGAACUACAUUUGUGGCGUGCUAUAUUAAAAAAAAAUGAAGAAGAUCCAAAAAAUAGUUUGGAAGCAUUGAGGCUGUGCAAGCAGGAGUUAUUUCCAAAUAUUCAUCGUUUGCUGCUUAUCUUAUGUACUCUACCAGUAUCGACAGCAACACCAGAGCGUACAUUCUCAUGUUUAAAAAGGUUAAAAAGUUAUCAGCGUAGCACAAUGACAGAGACUCGUCUGAAUGAUUUGACGAUGUUGGCAGUACACAAAGAAGUGUCACUUACCGCCGACGAAGUUAUAAAUGAAUUGGCUAAAAAACCAAGAAAACUUAAUUUUGUUCUUUAA